CUGGAGCUGUAGUAAGCUGGCGGUGCACACUGCAGAUCCGCUGCCUAGACGUGGAGCUCUAACGUGGGUGGCAUGCAGUGCUGCGUAGGCGAUGACGUGGCCGGAUAUUAGCCGGGCUUUACAACUCUGUCAUAACAAGAGACGUGCCAGAUGACAGGGUCAUGAGAGUAACAAAUGAAUAAUGCGAAUUUAUAAUUGAAAAAGUGUCUGAUUCGAAAGCUGCUGCCAUAUCUGUUCUGGAGCGUCUUGAUCGUCACAGACGCCCUUCACUAACCGUGACCCCUAGAGUGGUGGAUCCCAGCCCACCUCGAAAGUGACGUCGCCAAGUCCGUACUUUACAUGUCGCGUCCCCCUGAUCUCCAUCACACAUCGACUUUGACGACACAGCACAAGAGGCCUUGCAAGAGACACGAAAAGCCACACCCAAACUCUUCGCAAGAUGUCAUCAAUUGGCCCCCAACUCCCACCUUCACCGCAGAAGCGCAAACACACGCCCGAUCCCGACGACAGCUCUCCAUCCUCCAAGGCCCAACGCACCACUGGCCCUGUCGCAAACCCAAACACCGACGAGAUCGACCUCGAAGAUGGCUCAGAUGAUGACUACGGCCCUGCGCCGCCGGCACCAGCGCCAGAAGCAGCACCCUCAAUAGGACCUACGCUACCUCCCGCAUCCACCUCCCCAACAGCACAACCUCCCACCCAAGACGACUCCUCCGACUCCGACUCGGAAGACGACUAUGGCCCCGCCCUUCCCUCCGCCUCGGGCGCUCCCAUAAUAGGCCCCUCCAUGCCCCCGGCCCCUUCCACCGACGAAGAAGCAGCCCCCCAGCGCGACGACUGGAUGCUCGCCCCUCCCCCCUCGGGCGGCCCCUUCACCGAGCGCGACACCACCAAGAUCCGCGCCCGCAAAUUCACAUCCGGCAAGUCGGCCGGGGCCAAGAGCGGCGGCGGUAACGGCGAGGUCAACUCCAUGUGGACAGAGACGCCGGAGCAGAAACUCGCACGGUUGCAGGACGCGGUCCUGGGUCGCUCCUCGGGCGCGGCGCAGCAGGAGGGAGGCACGGGUGGUGACGCCAAUGUCCGGAAGAAGGAGCAGGAGGAGCGGAACCGGCGAAUCGCGGCGAAUAUCGAGGGGAGUCGCGGGAGGAGUCUUGUGGAAGAACACACAAAGCAGCGCAAGGACAGUGGCAAGGCCGAUGAGGACGACGACGACCCGAGUAAACGAGGCUUCGACCGGGAAAAGGACAUGGCCCUCGGCGGGCGGUUAGGAUCGACGCAGAGAAAGGAGCUGCUCAGCAAGAGCGCCAACUUUGGGGGCCGCUUCUCGAAAGGUUCAUUUCUGUAGAUAAGUACCAGAUCAAAGACAAAGAGCACGAGUGUGGUGAAUACCGUAUCCUCUCGACAAAGUCGCAAGCGCUGGUCUGUCUUAGCAGCCAAUAUCCUUGUCAACGGUAGUGCCAAUAUCGAGUAAGAAAUACAGCCCAUAAGCGUUAUAAUGUGUAAGAGUCACACAAUACUAAGCCAUAGGUAGCUAGAUUUUGUUCACCAGCGAUAGCGAUUUUGCCGAGUGAAUAUGUAUACUCGAUUGAAUCCAUAAUGCUAUUGAACCGACAACUCCAACGCUCCGCA